UCUAAGAACUUGGCAAGCAGGAGCCUAACACUCAAUAGUCAAAACAGCUAGGAGAGGAAACCUGGAGAGAGAGAGUUUGCUGAGGAAGUUAGCAAGUGAAGAAAAUGGGAAGCGAGGCAAAAAGCAAUGGUAUUGCCAACAGUGAAGGAUUCAAGUCAAGAGUAAAUCGUUACUUGCAUAGUGGAGACACAAAGCAUGUCAUGGCUGGCAUGGUCAUCAUCACUCUUGUCUUUGGUGUCCCUUGGUUCCUCAUGAACAGAGGAACAAAGCACUCGUCUCAUCAAGAUUACAUGGAAAAGGCUGAUAAAGCAAGGCGUGACAGACUUUCUUCAGGUUCUGCUGCUCCAUGAUUUUUGUGUGUGAUCAGUUUGACAGUGGAAAGGGUUUUGGUGAUUCACUUUUCAUCUGCCUGCUUCGGCCAUGGCUAAGCUUCAGGUUGAGGAGUGGGUCUGUAUUUCAUUUUGUAGGAUGCGAUUUGCAAAUGUUUAUGAGAUGAAAACUUGAAAAUUUUCUGAGUUGGCACACCCAAAUAGAAGUACUACUUGGAUUCUUGCUGGCUUAUCUCCAAAACGAUAUCAGUAAGCUGGGUGGAAAUAAGUUGCAUCUACAGAAAUGGAAACUCUUACCAAUCUCGAA